CGCUGAUGAUAUUCAGUGACAACAGCGAAUAAAUCGCGGGUUGUCUAGUGUGAUUAUCUCUGCCAUAUAACGAUCUAGCACUCAGCAUUGAUGACCACAUCGUGCGAAUCUCGCAUCGACUUACAGACUCGCUUAAUGAAGAGAGUGUUUUGACAUAUCCGUGCUUUACCAUUUUAUCCACAGACGUGCAUGUUUCUCCGUAUUUGCUUCGGUCUAUAACAACACCAGCGCCAACACCUAUUCCUUCAGAAGUGCCGAUAGAACGGAUACGAUCGACCAAUUGUGGAUACCGACGAUCUUCGUCCCAGAAAGUACCAGUACAUGCAGUUGCGUGGGAAAUAACGAGUGAAGUGAACCAAACUUAUUCAGCGGUGUCUAUACUGCGUCAUUUGGCCGACUAGUAAACCGACUGUGCGUGGUAUAUCAUAUACCAAUUAGAAGUCAGGGGCGAAGCAAACAGUAAACAUGAAUCGGCGCUCGUGGCAGUUUUCCCAAAUGUUCUACAUGUUCAACAGAUUUCUACAGGUACUAUUUGCUGUGGUUGUUGUAGUAGUUGCUGGCACGGUGACAAUGGAGAACGAGGACGUCAACAUAGUCGACGAGGAGGCUUACAAAUUCUACGAAAUGUUGGGUUUUAACCUUAGUGACGCAGCGCACGUAUGUCUGUUGAGCUUUUAUUUGGAAUCGUAUCCCGAGGACGCAAACGGAAGCAAGUUCUGCAAUACAACUCAUGAUCGCCUGACCUGUUGGCCAACAAGUCGACCAGGAUUGGUAUCUGUUUCCUGUCCACUGGAAGUAAAUAAUCUAAAAUACGAUACAUCGUUCAACGUAACAAGAUGGUGCUACGAAGACGGUACGUGGAGCAACAAGUCAGACUACUCAUAUUGUCAAUUAGCGGAAAAUAUUUACGACUAUGACCUGGGUGACGAUGACAUAGACCAAGUACAUUAUGAUGUCAUAUCAUCUAUCAUGGUGUUUGGAUGUGGGGUUUCAUUGGUGGCGCUCGCCGUCGCAUUCUUCAUUUUUGCGGUAUUCAAGAGUCUUCGUUGUGUUCGAAACAACAUUCAUUGGAACCUUUUAUCGACAUUCAUUCUGCGGAAUGUGGUCUACCUUGUUACAUAUGACACCAUCGAUUUACAGACGAAGCAGGACAACGGGUGGCCUUGUCGAUUUCUCAUCACAGUCUAUAACUAUUUUCAACAAACCAAUUUCUUUUGGAUGUUCGUUGAAGGCCUUUAUUUGCAUACGGUGAUCGUCAUGGCAUUCCAAGCCGAGAAAGUCAGAUUCUGGAUAUUCAUGGUAAUUGGAUGGUGUCUUCCACUGAUCUUCACCUUUGUAUGGGCCACAGUUAAAUAUGUGUACGAAAACGAAGAGUGCUGGCUACCACCAAAAGAAGCCAGUUUGUAUGACUAUAUAUACCAAGGACCGAUAUUAGUAGUUCUCUUGUUAAACUUUAUCUUCUUGUUCAAUAUUGUGCGUGUACUCAUCACGAAGCUGAGGGCGUCAAAUUCUUUAGAAACGCAACAGUACAGAAAAGCUGUCAAAGCCACGGUGGUUCUUCUACCAUUACUAGGGCUGACGUACAUGCUCUUCUUCAUGAAUCCCGCACAGGACAGCACCACAGCACGGCUGCUCUUUUUAUAUUUCAACACACUUUUGCAAUCAACGCAAGGAUUAUCAGUAGCAGUCAUCUACGUCUUCCUCAACGGAGAGGUUAGGUCAGUAAUAAGGAGGAAAUUCAACCGGUGGCGAGAUCGUCAAUCAAUACGACAACGAAGACCAGGGUCGAGGAAUACAUCCAUUGCAAGUUCUGCUUCAAAACAAGGUCUUACGUUGAACAUAUUCCGCGAUUCGCGACGGAAAUAUUCUAAGGAAUCGAAAACCGAAAUUGAAGUGGUUUCGCAAGUUACUGGCAAUGGGACCCUGGAUGGAGUUGAACCCACCCAAGUUUAAACAAAAAAGUCACGUAUAUAUCGGGCGCUGGCUUUUUUAACUGAAGCGCCACAACAUCAAGAUCAAAUUAACAACAUGUGCCCGCGCGGUUGCCCGAAUGUAUAAUAACACACAAUAAGAAUUCAACCGUAUAUGGCUUGAAAGGCUUUCUCGACAGUUUUGAUGCAAUGUCGCCACGAAAAAGUCACACAACAGCUAAUUACAACUAGACACGUUGACGACGCUAAUUGCUGAAUCGUAUAGUUGUAUCACGUGACCGUGAAGAGUAGUAAUAGAAUUAUUCUCUGCCAGUUUAUAAUUUUUGAUGCCGACAACAAUUUAAGUGACGUGUUAUAUACUCUGGACAGCGUGACGUAUCACUUCGGGCACACGUGACCGUGAAUUCUGACCAUGUGUUUAUUACUUACUGACCCACUCUUUCUGGUUCACAGCCGUCAAACGAACUUUUAUGACACCAAAUUUCCCCGUUUACUACAACGGAGGACAACACAGUAAGGCAAUUACUUUGUUCGCAGUAAUUCGUAUGAAUGAAACAUGGCGGCGAAUAAAACAAAACACAGUAUUAAUGCUGUGCGAUGAACACGUCCCGGACUCGCGGCGUACACUACAUGCAACAGAAACACUAUUCUGCCCUCCUUUGCAUUUGGUAUUGAGAGUGUAUACCGCAUUAAUACUGCCAAUGAUGUGUGUUCGGAUAGGAUGGAUUUGCCGAAUGUUUAAUACCAGAUUAUUGUUGCUACUUCUCCGAAACUAUUGACACACAAUGCAAUGCAGUUCCACAACACUCAUUUGCACAUGUGUUCAUCAUAUGCUGUGCGCAUGCGUUGUUAUUCCUAGUCAUGCGCAUUGCAUCACAAAUGUACUAUGGGAAGAAGUACGACAAAGAAAAGAGAUGUCACUGGUCAUUGUAAAUAUAUAUAUAUACUAGUAUUCACGUUUUUUUUCAAAUUUAAAUGGAAGAAAACGGUGAAUUCAGUGAUCGUGUUUUUUUUUUAAAAUUAAGGAUAAGAACAUGUGUAUAUAAUUAUGCGUAUUCUAUGUUCGCUUAUCUUAACAUAAUAUCUGCUUCGGUUGUUGCUUUCUUGAAUUGUGUAAAUAUUGAAUAUAAAUUUGAUGGUACAAAAUGUGUAUCAUUGAAUAACACAUGUAUAUACAUUCACAAUUUGUUUAAACGCCAACUCAAAAUCAAUUUUGACAAACUUGACAUUUUGUGUGUGACCUCAGUACAUUCUCGAGAGGGCGCUGUUGAAUAUCGUGAAAUGUCGAUUAUCGACUCCGAGUUCCAUGAAAUAGCCAUCAGACUGCCAAAUUUCAGAUUACACUUUUUUUUUGUUAAGUAGUUCAACUACUUAGGUUUGUCAUCUUAUAUUGUUAUUUGGUCUAUUUGUACAUAUCAAUUGUCAGUGUUAUAACACAUUUUAAAUUCUGAAUUUAAAAAUGGGUUUGAUAUAAUUAUGCGUGGGAUACCAAUACAGUAUUCAUAUAAAUCGCGCCCUCUAGCGGCAAAGCGCUUUUAUGGCGUAAAUGGGUGAAAAGAAGGCCGCUCAUAGCUCCAGUGAUGUAGUCCGUCAAUGUCAAAUAUUUUUUGAGAGAUUUACUAUACUAUACAUGACAACGGACUACAAAGUAAACGUAAUUGUCGCUUUGUUCGACAUUGCUUUCACAGAAACUCCGUGGCGCUAAAGGGCGUAACUUACAGGUAAAGUUUAUUGUGCGUUGCCUAUCACGUGUUACAUGGUGUAGCAGGACAAAGUACAGUCACCUCGUAUCAUAACCACUUCGUAACAUGUCACUUUGUAUUAAACGGUCUCUAAUGUUAUAUUGACUUAAACAUUUUGAAGUGUAAUUUCCUUCGAAAUCACAUUUCUAAUAUUCGCUAACAUAUGUGAUACUAAGUGACCUUGAACGAGGUGACUGUGUGGAACGAAGUGCGCGUGUGGUAAAAAUUGAACUAUGACCUAGGUUUUGAUCGGUAAAGACGGUGUCCUCUGGCACACUGCGCAAUCAUUCUCAGUUAGAAAGCACAUUGCGCAGAAUGAUCCGCGCAAUAGCCGUUUAUUUUCUUCUUUUUUUCAUCUAUGAUAUGUUGCAGUAUAGUUUGCAAAUAAAUAAUUUCCAUAAAAA